AAUGGGGGGGUCGAUAUGUCCGAGUGGUUAAGGAGACAGACUCGAAAUCUGUUGGGCAUUGCCUGCGCAGUCUCUUCCCAGAGACAACAGAGUCAUUUCGUCGUAACACAGGCAGACAUCAAAUUUCAUCUUUUCACCAAUCACGACACAAAACACAGGCACACUCUCUCAAUGGCUUUCUCUUCUCUUCAUCCAAACCUCAUUUUCCUCUCUCCCAAUGCUCUAACAAAACCACAAACUGCCCUCACUACUACCACCGUCCGCUGCGGCGCCGGUCCACGCUCCAACCGCGGACCGCUAGUAAAAGGCCGAAUCUUAAGCAAAGAAGCAAUCCUAGCCGUACAAUCACUAAAACGCUCAUCCACCAAAUCACCGCCGCCAAACCUCUCACGCUUAAUCAAAUCAGACCUCCUCUCAAUCGUCCGUGAGCUCCUCCGUCAAGAUCUCUGUCCCCUAGCUCUCCACGUCCUCUCCACUCUCCGAUCAGAAUACCCUAACCAGAUUGACCUGAAUAUCUACGGCGACGUCAUUUUAUCUCUUUCAAGAAACAAAUUGGAGGAAGAUAUCGACCGUUUGAUUGAUGAUUUGGCGAAAGAUGAAAAGAUGAUAAAGUGGGAGAGCGAUAGAGGAUUGUUGAGAGUGAUUAGAGGUGUUGUUGAUGCUGAGAGAAAAGAAUCAACGGUUAAGAUUGUUGAAAUGUUGAGGAGAAGUGGGUGUGGUGACACGUGGCCUGGUGAUGUGUAUGUGAUUAGUGUUUUGAGUAAAGCGCUAAGAAGGAUGGGUGAGGGAAAGCUGGCUGACGAUAUUGAUAAGGAAUUUGGCGGGGUUUUUAGGGGUAAGAUGGAGAAUUUGAAAUUGUAAAAACUGUUUUCUUUUCUUAUUUUUCCGAAUUUCAAUUUUAAUUUAGUGGUAUAGUUUUUAUUUA